AUGGAUUCCAUCGGGCCCACGUUCCGGGCGCUCCGCGGCCGCGGCACGCUCCCGGAAACCGCCGCCCUUCCGGCCCCCGCGCCGGCCGCCCUGCUCGACGAUAAGGUGCGUGACCUUGAAAACGAGCUUUUCCGCAAGCGCCCGAGCUCCGCCAGCGAUCCCUUUUUUGAGUCUGCCGCCAAGCUGGCGCGCCCCGGCCACGUCGCCUCGGCGGGCCGCGUGGCGCACGGCGCGCCGCCGUUCAUCCGGGACCACAACUUGCGGACGGCCGCUUCGCGCGAGCACACGCCGCCGGGCACGGCCAGAACCGCCCAGCAAGACGCCGCCCAGCAAGACGCCGCCCAGGAAAACACCGCCCAGGAACAUGCCGCUCAGGAACAUGCCGCUCAGGAACAUGCCGCUCAGGAAGACGCGGGCCUUGCCGGCGACGACGACGUGCCACUCGAGGUGCUCGAGGAAAUGAGCCGGUUGGAGGAGAACUUCCCCGUGUUGGCGGAGCGGUACCGGCUCCUCGACAAGAUCGGCGAGGGCACGUUCUCCACCGUGUACAAGGCCGAGGCCAUGGACGGCGCGGUGAUGCUCGGCUCGCAGCUCUGGAAGUCGCCGCCGCUCAAGCAGGCCGCGGCGGCGCGGCGGCGCGAGCAGAAGAAGCGGCCGCUCGUGGCGUUGAAGCAGAUCUACGUGACGCUGUCGCCCAACCGGAUCCACAACGAGCUCCAGCUCCUCUUCAUGUUGAGCGGCAACGCGCACGUGGCGCCGUUGCUCGACAUCUUGCGCCACCAGGACCAGGUGCUCGCCAUCUUGCCGUACUACCAGCACGCGGACUUCCGCGACUUCUACCGCGACCUCCCGGUGAAGGGCAUCAAGAACUACAUGUGGGAGUUGCUCCAGGGCUUGGAGUUCAUGCACAGCAAGGCCAUCAUCCACCGCGACUUGAAGCCCACCAACUUCCUCUACGACCCGUUCAAGGGCAAGGGCGUCUUGGUGGACUUCGGCUUGGCCGAGAAGAUGCCUGCGUGCGCGCCCUCGGCCAGCGCCAACAGCUGCCCGUGUCUCUUGAAGGACCGCCCCGCGCUGCACAAGACGCGCCUGAAACGCCUCAACAUCAAGGCCGCGUACCCCAAGGUCGACCAGCGGCCCCCGAGGCGGGCCAACCGGGCGGGGACCCGCGGCUUCCGCGCGCCGGAGGUCCUCUUCAAGUGCACCAACCAGUCCACCAAGAUCGACGUGUGGUCCGCGGGCAUCAUCGCCUUGUCCUUGCUCGCGAGGAAAUUCCCGCUCUUCAACUCCCCGGACGACAUCGACGCCUUGGUGGAGCUCAUCCUUGUUUUCGGCGUGGACAAGUUGCUGAAGUGCGCCGAGUUGCAUGGCUGCGGCCUCGAGUUGAACGCGCCCAACGCGCAGAUGGCCUCGUUCAACGGGAACUUGGUCAGGCUCUUGGUGUCCGUGUUGACCCACGAGGACGAGAACGGCUGCUUGCCGCCUGACAGCGUGAUAUACGACACGUUGAAGUUCCUCGACAAGGAGUCGCAUACCCUCGCCAAGCCCGUGCUUGCCGACGCGGAGGGCGCCCCGGCCGCAAUGCGCGCCGAGCACCGCCGGCUCAUGGAUGAGUACAGCGACCUCAAGCACUUGUUGCAGUUGCUCUACGGCUGCUUGAGCAUGGACGCCAGCAAGCGGCUCAGCGCCAGCCAGCUCUUGCAAAUGCCCUUCUUCGAGGAGUUGACGGCCCACGGGGACGACGACGUCUUGCUAUAG